UCAGUUCAUUUUUAGUUCUAAAGUGCAACCUUCUGUCUUCCUGGAUCCCUUCAGCCCGGUUAAUGCUUAUCUGUGCCAUCCUCCCCCAACGCCCCUUCCGUGCAGGGCCAUGCCUGCCCCACACUCAGUGGGCUAGUGUUAUGCCUACAUUGCAGUGGGAGUGCAUGUGUGUGUUUGCAAGGGGCUGGGACUUGCAUCAUCAGCACUUGCAGCAGCCUGGCAGUGCUUCUCAUUUGAUCAUCCUGUAAUUGCGUUGAAUUAUCCUGGCGAAUGUGCAGAACUCUGCAAUCAGCUGGAGCACCUCAGGAGCGCUGAUUCCCCCGGCUGCAGAGGAAGUGCGGCAAGGUCCGGCACGAUGACCUGGCAUCCUGGGCUUUAGCAGCGUGGCAAGAUCAGGACAGGUGCUGCCUUGCUCACGCUACGUCCCGUCCCCUCUCUCCUCUGGGAGAUUGGUGCUGGAUUCCCUGCCCCUGGCCUUUCCUCCCUCCCUCCCAGUCACCGCGGAGGGGACGGGUCCGUUAUGGCCGGGGACAGACUCCCAUGCAAAGUGAUGGAUGCUAAGAAGCUGGCCAGCCUCCUGAGGAACGGGGCCGAGGGCACCUUGGUCAUUGACAGCCGCUCCUUCGUGGAGUAUAACUCCUGGCACGUCCUCAGCUCCGUCAACAUCUGCUGCUCCAAGCUGGUCAAGAGGCGGCUUCCGCAGGACAAAGUAACAAAGGCAGGGAUAGAGGGUAGAGCUUCUGAAUCCCAGGUGGAGGCGGAAGAGCACCAGGACGUGGUGGUCUAUGACCAGAGCACACGGGACGUGAGCGGCUUGGCUGCUGACAGUUUUCUCUCUAUCCUCCUGGGCAAGCUGGACAGCUGCUUCCACAGUGUCUCCAUCCUCACAGGCGGCUUUGCCACCUUCUCGUCUUGCUUCCCAGGACUCUGCGAAGGGAAACCAGCGGCCAUCUUGCCAAUGAGCAUCUCCCAGCCAUGCUUACCAGUGGCCAAUGUGGGCCCCACCCGCAUCCUUCCUCAUCUCUACCUGGGCUCCCAGAAAGAUGUCCUAAACAAGGACCUGAUGACUCAGAAUGGGAUCAGCUACGUUCUCAAUGCCAGCAACUCCUGCCCCAAGCCAGACUUCAUCUGUGACAGCCACUUCAUGCGCAUUCCUGUCAAUGACAACUAUUGCGAGAAGCUGCUGCCCUGGCUGGACAAGUCCAUUGAGUUCAUCGACAAGGCCAAGGUAUCCAGCUGCCAAGUGAUUGUGCACUGCUUGGCAGGGAUCUCCCGCUCCGCCACCAUUGCCAUCGCCUACAUCAUGAAAACCAUGGGCAUGUCUUCAGAUGACGCAUACAGGUUUGUCAAAGACCGGCGCCCAUCCAUAUCACCCAACUUCAACUUCCUGGGCCAGCUCCUGGAGUACGAGAGGAGCCUGAAGCUCCUCAAGGCCUUGAAAGCCCAAGGUGACAGGAGUGAGGGGGACGCCCAGCCAGACCCGGCCGAGGUGCCAGAGAGCAACAGGCAUCUGACGCUGUCUACCUCAGAAGAGGACGUAUCGAAAAGCACAAGCUCAACACCUUCCCACAGUGAACCUGAGAGGCCAGCAGGCAUUCCCAAAAUUGUCUCGCCCACAGCACUACAGCAAGGACUCAACGGCCUGCACCUGUCCUCGGAGCGCAUCCAAGACACCAACCGGCUAAAGCGUUCCUUUUCCCUGGACAUCAAAUCAGCCUAUUCCCCGGGCCUGAGGCAGGACAUCCCAGGCCCCAUGGACAUUGGGGAAGCCCCCAAGCUUUGCAAGCUGGACAGUCCUUCUGGACCUAAUGGCUUGUGCCAGGUCUCGCCUGGGCCGGACAGCCCCGACUGGCCCAGUGGGCCAGACUUCCUGCUGGAGGCCAAGGUGCGGCAGAGGCGGAAACACAGACACCAGGCGGGAUCCCCUGCCCAUGGGAUGAGCCUCAAUUUCAGCGGGGUGUGUUCCGUGCACAAAAGCACCAGCGUGGAGGACAAUCUCAAGCAGACACUGAGGCUGAGCCUCCCUGGCACGGGACAGCAGCCCACACAGCCAGCUGCACCGCCAAACUCCGCUGGUGGAGGAGGGGUAGGCACCUGGAGUGUGCAUUUGGAAUCGCCCAGCACCCCGUCGUCGGAGAACCCCUGGUACUUCAGCACAGACUCUGCUGUGGGCAGUGGCGGAGGGGGCGGGGCUCUGUUUACCAGCACUGCCUCGUACUCCUCAUUCAGCUGCAGCACCCUCCAGGGCAGCUGUGAGAUCAGAUUGCGGGACAAGCAGAGGGCAGAGCAGAGGGACGGGCGGCACAGCUGGCAUGAGGAUGCCACUGCGGAGAAGCAGUUCAAGAGGAGGAGCUGCCAGAUGGAGUUCGAGGAAACCAUGUCAGAGGGCAGGUCCAGGGAAGACCUGGGCAAAAUAGGGAAACAGUCUAGCUUUUCGGGCAGCAUGGAAAUCAUUGAGGUGUCCUGACAUUCAUCUUGGGGCAUUGGCAAGUGAGGGGUGGAUAUUUAAAUGGGAAGAGGCGCGGGGCGGGGUGGGAGGGGACAGUAUUUAUACCUGUGUGUGUGUUCCCAGGGGUGCACACACCGAAACAAAGCAAAGAAGAAUGAAUCCAAAGUCAGGAAACAUGACGGCGCAUGUUUAAUGCCCCUUCCCCUUGAUCUCUGUUUCCUUCCCCCCCAACCAGCUCCCAACCUGGCUGCAUUCCCUCUUGGGAGGGAGGAGCCUAUUAACCCUUUCACCCCUGGAUUCUGUGCCGCUGGGCAGCAAGCGACUCAUGGGGAGGAUGGGAGAGUUGGUCAUUGACUGAAGUGGGAGAAGCUCAUCACCUCUGAGCACCCCAUCUCUCAUUCCAAGCUUAAAAUUCCGAAGGGACGUUGGGGGUGGGGGGGAGUUAAUAAUUUAUCUGCAGACUUGCAGUUAAAAAGUAGAGGCAUGUUUGUUUAGGUGAGAACGUUAUCCUGACCAUUGGGUAAUGGUUCACCCCAGCUCUCUCUAUUGGGUGAAGGACAGAAUCUAGGUGGCUCCCUCCCAAGGGUCAGUGGGCGGUACAUUUGCAUAGCUCCUCCCCUUAAUCCUUUUCCUCAUCUCUGUGCACUAAACAUGCUCUGCCUGUGUUUUUCUGGCUAAGUAUCUUAAUAAUGCUGCACUACAGCAGCCCUAUACAUAUAUAAAUAUAUAUUAUAUAUAAUAUAAAAAAACCACACAAAGAAAAAGGUAAAUGGUUUUACUGCGAUUUUUAUUGAGACGUAAAUAAUAUUUCAAUGGUUUUGUUUUUAAUUUAUUGAAGCUGUUCAUUCUGGCAAUGAUUUGCAGACAUUGUGGGGCGGUACUUUCAGCUCUAUUUUUACUGUCUAUGGUAUUUAAAUCUGAAACACGAGUUUCUAAGCAAUAUCCGCGGCCUGUGACUCCUUCUGUCGUGUACGUCGGCGACACAGACUCCCUGUUUCCUGUGCACAAAGCAAAAACCAGGCAGGAACAUCUUUCAUGCACUUUUUUAAAUCAAAUCAAAACAAAACAAAAAAAAAUCUUCUUUCAACACAAACUGAGCAGGGAACUCUCCUGAAAGCUGCUGCUUUACCUUUUGAUUCCUGUUUGAUUCUCUUUUGUCUCCAAGAAAGCCAUAGAAUUUCCUCCUCGCCCAGGUGUGGGAAAACCAGGGAGGAGAGGGAGACUAUGAAAAAAAAAAAAAAGAGGCAAGGAUCAGGGGAUGCCUGGGAUGUGGAGAAUGAGGGAAGAUAGGAGGCUUUUCAUUGAAGGGGCAGCAACUCAUACUGGGUUGUACUGACCAAGAUGGGGGUUACUGGGUCCUUUCUGAGAAAAAAUUACUCCCUAGAUAAUGCUUAAGAGGUUCUGUGGCAAGUGAAUUCCCAUCAGAAACUGCCUUGCUCACUAGCUCAGGGUGCCUCAGGGGAGGAGGUGGGAGCGAUAGUGUCCAGGGGAAAUAGGACAAUGCACUUAAGGAAGGAAAAGCAUGAGAGGAAAUACAUUGAAAAACUAUGAACCAAAGCCCAAUUUUUGGGAUGUUAAUGUGAGGACACACCCCUUCCUCCUUACUCCACCCUAGUCUCCUAUCUCCAUCUCCCUCCCUCCUCCCCCAAAAGCGGCACCCUUCCACACUCAGGUGUGUUGCUAUGAAGAUUGGUUUCACUGUUUUACUUGUCCUGGGAUUUUGCUUCUGAGAGCUCCUGUUAAUUGACUUUUGCAUCUGAAGCAAAUGAUGGCUUGCUCUGAUGCAGCAAGAAGGCAGGUGUUAGCCUCCAAAGGAAUGUCUGCCAAAAACCCCCCUCCCUCUGGGAGUUUGGGUGGGCACAGAGUGAGGAUUUCCUAAGGAAGGUCGCCUGCGUGGGAUUCUUCCAUUGAAUGAUUUUUUUGAGAGGUGGCCAAGGGCCCAGGUGGGACCUCUAAGCUAACACAGAAAAAAGGAAGGUUGUUGAGGAAGGGCCGGAUCCUGCUGUUACUGAAGCCCAGGGUGCAAGAGAGAGGUCUCAAGCAGGCCAAUGAGCAAACAGUGCAGAACGCUUCUAUAACGUGCAGUGCAGAACGCUUCUAUAGCAAGCGCGGUCAGGAGAAAAAACGACAAAGGAGCAUGAGUGGCUUCUGUGCUGUUUCUCAGACACUUUUGGCUGCUUCUCCCCUUUAUGAAAGUCCCUGCUUUCAAGGAGAGCAAAGCCCUCACCCCAAAAACCCGUGUCUCGCCCAGGCAGUGGCAUUCUUACACCUUGCUGCUGAGCCGCUGCUUGGUGUUAUGGGCACAGAUCUGUCUCUGCUGCAAAGCACAUUUUUGCUCUCUGUAGCUGACUUUGCUUUCCUCCUUUUAGUAUCGUGCUGGUUUCCAAGCCAAUACCUCAGGGGUUUUUGUUCGUGUGUGUGUGGUGUUGCGUGUGAAUAUUAGACCCUCCCAGCUCUUUUCUUUCCUCCUUCCCUUCGUUUUUCGUUGGUGUGUGUUUUUUUCCUUGCUGUGUGCGCUUCUUUCAAAAUCAAACUACACAAGACAAAAAUAAUGAUCUCAGGUUUAAAACUUAGCCACAAACCGAAGCCGUAAGACACUGCAAUAAUAAUGUUCUGGGUGGCAUCAGAUUGUCACUCUCCUUAUGACCAUUGUCUAGCUCUGCCGAUGUGCGCGUGUCCUACGCAGAUGGGAAAGGGGAAUCUCCAAGGAGGUUAAUGACUGGCAUUAGUCAUCUUGGAUUUUUUUUUUUAAAAGGCGUUAAGUGAGAAGCAUGGAAACCUCAAAUAAUCCCUUCUGGUACCCCAAAAUGUGCUGGAGUUCAUGGUGGGGCAGGGGAAAGUUGGAUGAUUAAAUGCAUUUGAUUUUCCUUGUUAGAGUGUUAAUAAAAUACAAGUGUUGAUGAUGGUUGAAGCCCUCUGCCUAUCCUAUCCCUCUCUUCCCUACAGCUGCUGUGAAAGGGGGGGUAGAGACUCAUUUCAACCCCCUUUUAAAAACACAGCAUCCAUAUUUCCAAUGAGCAUCAGUGUUGCCAACAACUAGGGUUUAGGGAGCAGAAGGAACCCUUCCUCUUUUUUGCAUCCCCAUCCAGACAAUAGAGUGUGUGGGGAGGAGAUGCUUCUAAGGGAACUUGUAUAUUACAUAGCAUCCCAGCUAGAUGGGACUGGGAAGGUUACAACAAAGAGAACCUUCAAAGGGCUUGAGCUUUUGCCUCUUAGCUUUUAACCAUUGAGGCCCCCUAACCACUGGCUGCAAUAUGAGCUCUCUCUUGCUUUAGCCCUUCUUGGCUGGCAGUCUUUUCUCACAGCCUUUGCUGCAUUUCCAGUGACAUAUGAAAAAUUCCAGCCAGCCCUAGAGCUGGUGCCAAAAAAGAGAACACAUUUUUUUCCCCUUUUUAAAUUUCAACAGAUAUUUUGUUGUCAUUUGAAGCUUCUCAGCCAAGCCUGGUCAAUUGGCUGAUGAGCCGGAGAAAGGAACAGUUACCCUGUGAAAUAUGCCAGUAGGAUAGUGUUUCCACGGUCAACUCUUUCCUAUGUUCCAUAAGCCUAGUCCCAGAUCAUGCCCUACAAAUGGAGAAUCCCCGUUUGUAUCUUUGUUGCCAUUCACCUGACCCAAAACCCAGGCUGUGCAGAAGUGUCCCAUAGAGAACACAGCUUCUUAGACCAUUUCAACAGUAUCAGCAUCCCAAAAGGCUACGUGGCUUAUUACAAGGCAAAGAGUCACCCAGCUGUUGAGCUACAGUGAAUGACUCUCUCUUGUUCUUCCAAGUCACACAGGCAUCUAUUUAUGUAGGAUCCAGGUGCACCAGAACCCUACUUAGUAGGGAGACCUCAUCAGCUGUGAAGUUUAUGAUGGCUUCCCCUCCAUGAUAUGUGAUCCAGCUGCACUGCAGUGCAGAGAAAGGAGCUAAUGAGGGUGCCUCCUGGCAACUCCCCCACUCCUUUUCGUGUAUUAUUGAGUGAGGCCUGGGAGAAGAGUGAGCCACAACGGUUGCAACAGCAUCCCCAAGACACAAGACAGAGGCUAGCAGAGAUCCGGGGAGAGGGGCAUUUUCCUUCCUCCACAGGUGGCAUUCCAUAGCUGCCAGCACCAGCUCAGCCUCGAGUUGCUGUCUCCCCUUCUUUUAACCCUCAGUGGUAGAGAAAAAUUAAGAUUUCCCUUGGCCCGUUGCAGUGGCUCUUCCCUGCACUCUUACGUUUGGUCCAGCCCUCUCAAUGGUAGCUAGUGUGGACAAGGCACUGGCAUUUUUACUGCUCGGGCCUCAAGAUGCUAAUGGGCUUGGAUGACACAGUGGUACUCAGGAUCCUGCUCUACAUUGCCACCUCUAAUACUAGGGAUGCAAACAGGUAACAGGUUACCUGGUAAGCAUCGCACUCACUGGGUGAUACUUACCGGUAACUGGUUAACUGGUGCCCAGGAACAGCCCCCUGCCUGUGGCUCACAGUUGGCAGAGGGCAGCUCCAGUGCCACCAGGCCCAUGGUGCCAUGGGCCAGGGCCUGCGGAGCUGUUAGCCUCAUGGGGCCAGCAGUCCUGCAGGACCAGCAGAGCCGGGAACUAACAGCGCCACAGGGUGGGGAGCCAGCAGCCUUUGAGUUUGGGGACUGUUCCAGCUGGGCUGGAACAGCUACCUGCCUGCGGGAUCCCUGUUAACCGGUGAAACCUCUCGUUUAACCAGUUGACUAAACAAACAGGAUUUUACAUCCCUAUCUAAUACCACCCUUAGAGCUGCAAUAGUAGGAAACUGAGAGGAUAAAAACCUAGUAUUGACACAGCCUAAUUGGGGCUCAUCCCUUGAGGCCUGCAGAAGGUCACUGCAGAGCAUGCAGCUGGCCAGAUUGAGGCCAUCCUCAGCCUGGCACUGCAAAGUAAGCUCAACCCCUAUAAAUACGAACAACAAGGCAGGUCAGUGAAGAAGGAUUACAAUGAGCUGCUGCCCGCUCAGAAAUAGUAGCAGCUGCCACCUUGUGGUGUUUUAGAGAAACAGCUAUUGCAGUACCUGCAAAAAUGGGAGUCUCAUUUUUGGGGGGAGGGGGAAGGUUAUUGUCUAGUCUCUCACAAUGAAUCCUAGACUGUCAGCAAUGCCCUUCAGCCGCUCUGCAUGUGCACACACUGACGUGACACCGACUGUGCAGUCCAUUCUGCAACCAAGCCAAAGAAAAGCCUGUCACACUCAGGUUUUGAGAGCUAUGGGUUGUUCAUUACCCAGCUCAUCAGUGGUAUGAAGACCCUCGCAUUUGCCCUGCCCUUUGUGAUGAUCCUUGUGAGAGGGUUGGUAGCCCCCUCACUUGAGGAUUUUAAGGCUAGCUUGGUCAAAACACUAGAAAAUGCCCUAUAAGGGCAUUAGCCAUGAGUGGUAGGGCUGAUCCAAAGCCUUUGGACUCAGUAGGAGUCUUCCCAUUGUCUUUAUUGGGCUUUGGAUCAAGCCCUACAUGGCUUCCUAGAUCUUUUCAGUCUCUUUGUAAGAAGGAACAGGUUAGUUACCUUGGAGGAUUUUAUCUGUCCCUGUCCCUUACCACAUUUCUUUAAUGAACUCUUAUCCACCAGAAGCUCUGAUUCUGGGCCUGAUUUUGAUCCCACUUAGGGCUGGUUCACAGUGCUGUAACGUAUUUAGUGGAGUUAUUACUGAUUUACAUCAGUGAAAGAGUGAUCAGGAUUUGUCCCAUUGACUUAAGUUGAAACAGAAUUGUACGUCAGCAGAGUAAAUGAGUCCCUUCGUUGCACAAUUGGAUGAAUGUGUAAAGCAUCUGAUUUGUGCCCUGCUGCUUUGGAUAGCCAAUCGUUUUCUGCAUUAACUGCAUUGCUUGGAGUGCAGGUGCAAACUGAUAGAUGUUCAUCCUUCUUAAGGGCAGACUGUAAAGGUACCCAAAUGACGCUCCGAUAGAAUGACCCUUAUCCGCCUCCCAGCUUCUAAAGGAGUACAAAGUUGAGUCAGUCUCAGGCUACGUCUAGACUGCAGGCUUCUUUCGGAAGAAGAUUUCUGGAAGAGAUCUUCCGAAAAACUUCCAAAAGAGGGUGUCCACACUG